AACAUGGCCGGUCGCGUACGUGUAGAGUCGAGAAAUGUCGAUGGUGCUGGAAUGAAUACCAAACAGAAUACGAUGGGAAGGUUUUCAAAGGGGUAUUUGGUGCUUUACAACAUCGCCAUGGCGUUUGGAUGGGCUGCUAUAGGCCUUAUGCUGAUACGCCAUUACGUAUACGAAAGAAGUUACUUCGGCCUGUACCGGUCCGUCGAACCUCUACUAAAAGUCUUCCAAACUGCAGCCGUUUUGGAAGUGGUGCAUUGCGCGGUGGGACUUGUACGCUCCUCCGUGUAUCUGACGGCUAUGCAGGUCUACUCUCGCGUGUUCUUGGUCUGGGGCAUCAUCGUGAGCGUUCCCGAUGUAGGGGACAAGGCUGGCAUAGUGGGAUGCUUAACUGCAUGGACGGUCACUGAGGUCGUUCGUUAUUCCUUCUACGCCUUCACGCUGGUCGACGCUCUACCCAGAGCACUGCUCUGGUGCCGCUACACGUUGUUCCUGCCGCUGUACCCGAUUGGAGUGACAGGCGAGCUCUUAACCAUCUGGAACGCACUGCCAACCUUGCAACGUACACGCAUGUACUCCAUUGAGUUGCCGAAUGCUGCGAAUAUUUCCUUCAGUUACUAUUACUAUGUCUUGUUCGUGUGUAUGUCAUAUGUACCUAUUUUCCCACAGCUUUAUUGCCAUAUGGUAAAGCAACGCAGAAAGGUGCUCAAUGGUAAAAUGGACUGAGUUAUAAUUAUGCGAUCAUGGGACAACUCAUUGUAGGCCGUAGCAUUCAUAAUUUAUAUAAAGGCCGUGGCUACGUGACCGGUUCCGGACGAGGAGCCACUGCGUUAUAUAAAACCUGGGAUGGCUGAAAAUAGGUUACUUGUCUCUAGGUGCUUUAACUACCAAAUACUGUACACAGUAUUAAUACUUUGAUUAUUCCUAAACAGUGAAUACAUUUUGUUUUGGAUAAUUGUAUCAUCUU